GGCUGAGACACGUCCUCGCCGAGCAGUGACCCUUCUGUACCCCACCAGAACAUGCCCGGGUGACCUCCUCCCAGAUCUUCCUUGUGGCCUUCCUCGCCCACUCCAGUGACACUAUGCACCCGCACCGUGACCCGAGAGGCCUCUGGCUCCUGCUGCCAUCCUUGUCCCUGCUGCUUUUUGAGGUGGCCAGAGCUGGCCGAGCCGUGGUUAGCUGUCCUGCCGCCUGCUUGUGCGCCAGCAACAUCCUCAGCUGCUCCAAGCAGCAGCUGCCCAAUGUGCCCCAUUCCUUGCCCAGUUACACAGCACUACUGGACCUCAGCCACAACAACCUGAGCCGCCUGCGGGCCGAGUGGACCCCCACGCGCCUGACUCAACUGCACUCCCUGCUGCUGAGCCACAACCACCUGAACUUCAUCUCCUCUGAGGCCUUUUCCCCCGUACCCAACCUGCGCUACCUGGACCUCUCCUCCAACCAGCUGCGUACACUGGAUGAGUUCCUGUUCAGUGACCUGCAAGUGCUGGAGGUGCUGCUGCUCUACAAUAACCACAUCAUGGCGGUGGACCGGUGCGCCUUCGACGACAUGGCCCAGCUGCAGAAACUCUACUUGAGCCAGAACCAGAUCUCUCGCUUCCCUCUGGAACUGGUCAAGGAAGGAGCCAAGCUACCCAAACUGACGCUCCUGGAUCUCUCUUCUAACAAGCUGAAGAACUUGCCACUGCCUGACCUGCAGAAGCUGCCGGCCUGGAUCAAGAAUGGGCUGUACCUACAUAACAACCCCCUGAACUGCGACUGUGAGCUCUACCAGCUUUUUUCACACUGGCAGUAUCGGCAGCUGAGCUCCGUGAUGGACUUUCAAGAGGAUCUGUACUGCAUGAACUCCAAGAAGCUGCACAAUGUCUUCAACCUGAGUUUCCUCAACUGUGGCGAGUACAAGGAGCGUGCCUGGGAGGCCCACCUGGGUGACACCUUGAUCAUCAAGUGUGACACCAAGCAGCAAGGGAUGACCAAGGUGUGGGUGACACCAAGUAAUGAACGGGUGCUAGAUGAGGUGACCAAUGGCACGGUGAGUGUGUCUAAGGAUGGCAGUCUUCUUUUCCAGCAGGUGCAGGUCGAGGACGGUGGUGUGUACACCUGCUAUGCCAUGGGAGAGACUUUCAAUGAGACACUGUCUGUGGAAUUGAAAGUGCACAAUUUCACCUUGCACGGACACCAUGACACCCUCAACACAGCCUAUACCACCCUAGUGGGCUGUAUCCUUAGUGUGGUCCUGGUCCUCAUAUACCUAUACCUCACCCCUUGCCGCUGCUGGUGCCGGGGUGUAGAGAAGCCUUCCAGCCAUCAAGGAGACAGCCUCAGCUCUUCCAUGCUUAGUACCACACCCAACCAUGAUCCUAUGGCUGGUGGGGACAAAGAUGAUGGUUUUGACCGGCGGGUGGCUUUCCUGGAACCUGCUGGACCUGGGCAGGGUCAAAACGGCAAGCUCAAGCCAGGCAACACGCUGCCAGUGCCUGAGGCCACAGGCAAGGGCCAACGGAGGAUGUCGGAUCCGGAAUCAGUCAGCUCGGUCUUCUCUGAUACGCCCAUUGUGGUGUGAGCAGGAUGGGUUGGUGGGGAGAUUCUGCCCCAGGAGAGGUAAUGCACCCCUGAAGGAUAUGAGGGGAUGGAAGAGAGGGCUGGCUGCCCAAGGGAAUGGGUUCCUCCUGACCUCAAGGGAAUUGGUCCCAGGUACAACAGAGAGCAAGACCCCAAACAGGGUGUGGCUGCCACGAUUUUCAAAUGGGGGUAUAUUAAUCCUCAGGCAAAUGCUACACCCGUACCCAAAGCCCUGCCAAUUCUCAGUGUGGUAGAGGAAGAGAAACAUGUCUGAGUUGGAUGGGAUUGAGGAAGGAGUGAGGGGAAGAGCAGAUUCCCUAAACUUUCAUGAGGUCAUCCCUAGCUCCUUAAGAGAAAAACAUUCAGAAAAAAAAAAUUUUUUCUAUCUCUGCCCACCCACACCUGUGAUGUUGUGUGUGUUGGGGGAGCUUCCACAGGAGCCACACUGGGGAAAAGCUGUAGUAUCUUCUUUGUUUAGGAAGUCAAACUUCACAGCUGGGGAAAUUGAAAACCUUUGGAAAACGAGUCAGGAAAAGGCUGAGACCUCAAUCGGUAACACUUCCCCAAAGCUGUUGUAAGACUUUCCAUUAAAGCCUUCCUCUUUCCUGA